GCACUCGUCCGCACGGUCGACGCGCGCGCUCUGCGACUGUGUGUACCGGGCACCGGGACGCCUAGCGCCGUGACGCGAUGUGAGUGUGGAGCCUGUAUGUACGUGUGGUGUGCGACGUGCUGCCUGGUGCUCCUGCUGGAUGUAGUGCCGCCCAGACUGCGUCUCUCGCUCUCUGCCAGACAUGUCGCUCAGUGGAUGUAAGUUUUGGCUGCCAGCUGCUCUCGCUGCACCUUCUAAGAGACACCGUAGACGUUGAAUCUGGAAAUUUUGUGGGUAUUGGAGCCUUCCCAAUGAACAGCUAUCCAGGCGCUGGACUCGCUGCAGCGGCAGUUGGCCAUCUCGUUCGGCCCGGACCUCCUGCCCGCGACGCACCAUGGCGAGCCGCACGGCCUCCACUCCUCCAUGGCUGUAAUGCGGCGCCUCCUGGUUGACGCUCAGGCAAAGUUCCGCAGGAUGGUGGAGGAGAACAAGCAGCUGGCGGCGCGCAUCGACGGCGACCUGGCGGUGGCCCACGAGGAGGUGGCUGCGGUGCGCGGCGAGCUGCACGACGCGUCGCGACGCCUGGACGAGCACCUGGCCAAGGUGGCCGCGGGCGCCGGCGCCGACCCGAGCGCCGCCGAGGACAAGCCGACAACGGCCGAAGAGCCCGCCGGCAUCCGGCCGCCCUCGCCCAUCGCCGGAGCCGCCUCCGCCGCCGGAGACGCCUCUGCGACUGGCGGCGUCGGCGUCGGGGCGGUGUCCGCCUCUACAGCCGUGACUUCUGCUGCCGCCACCGCCGCGUCAGACGCGGACGCAGUGCCGGGAGGCGGCUCUCGGGCCAAGGGCAAGUCUGGCGCCUGCUCGGAGCGCGACGCCGUCAACAACCCGGCAGCCGCCAUGCGGCUGCGGCUCGAGAACGAGCGUCUCAAGUGCGAGGUGGCCGAGCUGCGCAUGCUGGUCGCCUCCAGGGACCUGACGGCCGCGGGUGCGGGCGCGGGGGCGGGGGAGUCACUGCGCGUCCAGGCGCUCGACAUGGAGCUGCGGCACGCUCGCGAGGCGCUCGCAGCUUUGAAGGCCGACCGGAAGAGGUUAAAAGCCGAGAAAUUCGACCUGUUGAACCAGAUGAAGCAGCUGUACGGGACGUUGGAAGACAAGGAGAAGGAGCUGCGCGAUUUCAUCAGGAAUUACGAACAGCGGAUGAGGGAGAGCGAGGCGUCACUGCAGCAGCUGUCGACGGAGCGCGAGGAGCGCGAGCGCGAGCGAUGGAGCCUGCUGCGGCACGCCCGCGACGAGGCAGAGCGCAGCCUCGCCCUGGCCGCGCAGCUCGACGCCAAGGAGCAGCACAUCCAGCAGCUGCAGGACCAGCUGCUAGAGGCUCGUCGGCAGCUGGCGACCGUCGGGGGCAGCGGCGGCGGCGGCGGCUGCCUGUCCGACCAGGAGAGCCUGGCCUCCAUGUCGCUGUCGGCGUCGCGCGCCAACGGCGGCCUGGCCACGCCCACCGCGGGGCUGGGCCUGCUGCCCGGAGACCGCGGCAGCUGCAGCGCGGACUCGGGCGUGCGCGGCAGCUCCGACCGCGAGUCGGGCGGCGCCACCUCGGGCGGCGGCAACCUGUCCGACUCCACCACCGACGGAACACCCACAAUCACCGUGGAAGGAAGCAAUGUUGAUACGGACUCAGUAUCUUUAAUAUCCUACAUAGCUACUCCACAUACCUGUCAAUCUGCUACAACACCAAAGGACUGCAGUCCUUCCUUGUCACCACUGAACGCAAAUGCCUUUUCGAAGUCCAUUGACAACAGUGUUCUCUCAAGGUCAGUUGAGCAGCUCAGCAAUCCUAUGGAAUUGGAGCCUCGAAGACCAAAAAAUGUGGCUCCUGUGAGUAGAAGUGGUGGUAGUAGAGGUGGAACAUGGGGCAGCAUAUCCAGAGUUUUUGCUCGAAGUCGACAUCGUAAGGCAGCCAGCCCAAGUCAGGAGGAGGCAUCAGAUGCAUACCGCAGUUGGUCACCAUUAACAGAGGAAGGGUAUGCAGAAAAACUGAGAUUGUUGAGAGAAGCUGCCUCCAUCCCAAUGGAAAGGUGGCGAGCACCUACAGUGUUAGCAUGGCUUGAAAUUGCUCUCGGUAUGCCACAGUACGGUCCUCGAUGUGCAGAGAAUGUUAAGAGUGGCAAGGUGCUUCUUGAACUUAGCGAUGUUGAGCUAGAACUGGGGCUAGGAAUAACUCAUCCUAUGCACCGAAAAAAGCUUCGCCUGGCUAUUGAAGAGCAUAGGCACCCUGCACUUGUGCGAUACCCAUGUAUAGCACAGCUAGGACACACAUGGGUGUCCAGUGAGUGGCUACCAGACCUUGGUCUUGCUCAGUAUUCAGAGAAUUUUGCAACAAACAUGGUGGAUGCAAGGAUGCUGGAUCACCUCAGCAAGAAGGAGCUGGAGAAAUUUCUUGGUGUAACAAGGAAAUUUCACCAAGCCUCUAUUGUCCAUGGAAUUCACCUUUUAAGAAUGAUGAAAUAUGACAGACAGGCACUUGCAGUCCGGAGACAUCAAUGUGAAACAAUUGAUGCAGAUCCUCUUGUCUGGACAAAUCAAAGAUUCAUUAGAUGGGCAAGAAAUAUUGAUCUCAGUGAAUAUGCAGAGAACUUAAAGGAUAGUGGUGUCCAUGGAGCCUUAGUUGUCCUUGAGCCUUCAUUCAAUGGUGACACAAUGGCAACAGCCUUAGGCAUACCUCCUUCAAAGAACAUCAUACGGCGACACCUCAGCACGGAGCUGGAGGCAUUAGUACUGCCUGCCAGAGCUGCUUUUGAGCACUUUGUGCGCGUAAGCAAGUCGGAGCGUAGGCGUGCUGAGAAGUUGGUCGGUGGGGGAAGUCUGGGGCGGAGCUUCUCUCGCUCUUACGCAGGUGGGCUGGCAGAGCGUUCAUCCCCAGCUACUGAACGCCCUGGUCCUGGGCCCGCACCUGAGCAAGAGAAGGAACGCAGGCGUUCUAGUCUCAGAACCUACAGUCUCCUGUAUUUGAAAAAGGGGUCUUUAAGUCGUGCUUUGGGACUGAAGAUGCGUCAGGACAACAGCAGCAAAAGAGACAGUCGUGACUUUACAGGCAAUAGUAAUGGGAUAGCAUCACCAUCAUCCUCAUCAGAGAACAGCUCCUCAGUUAUCAGUUUCAACUGCAGAGUGCCAUCACCACAGCAGACAGAUGCCAAUAACAGUGCUUCACCACAGAGACCAGCAAUAGCAUCAUCUGGCACAUUGAAAAAGCGCCACCAUCACCGUAGAGUAAAGUCCAUAGGAGAUAUUGAUACAGUAACAGUAACACCUGUAUGAAGUUAAAGAUCAGAGUAUGUCAUCUGUUUUAAUUUCAAAUGUUCCCAAGACAAUCAAGUGGAAUAUGAUGCAAAAUUGUUGUAUAUCGGAAACAAUAUUCUUAAAUCUUUUUCCAGAUGCCUCAGAGUCUUCGUAUUGAACAAAAUUAUUCUUUGACAAACAAAACAAAAAUGAGGCAUAUCCGAUACAUGAGUGGACCAAGGUAUAAGUAUUAAAUGUCAGUACUGUUACAAGAAUGGAAUUUUCACCAAAUCUGUUAAGUCCCUGAAUGUUUAAAUAACUAUGUGCAAAAUGUAAACACCAUGAGAUUAAAUAUAUCUAACUAAGCAGGUAAUUUUCUAUUAAAAAUGUAGAAGGCUGCCUAAAAAAACAUUGACAACUAUGCUGUAGUAAGAAUUUCCUAUGGAACCCUUAGCACACAUUCUCAUGAAGGUACAUCAGGCAAAAUACAUUAAAAGUUGUAUCUUUUGGGUGUAUUUAUAACAACGAACACAACUAUGAAAUAGAGACAAUUUCUUUUAAUUAAUUAUUUGCUUCUGCUUCUGUUAUAAAAUUGCUGGAUAAAAUAUCUUUACUGGAAUGUUACUAGAAAACACCAUUUUUCCUUUAUAAUGUGUCAGCCUUAGGUUAAUUAAUACUCAUCACAAUUUCUUUUGGGGCAGGUCUCAAUUAAUGACAACCCACAAGAAUGAAUGACCAUACUGAGAAGCCCUUAAACAGUAUAUUUUUCAUAUGAGAUAAAUCACAUUUUUCAGAAAUGAAUAAUUUUUUUACUGAUGGUACACUCGCGUCAUCAGACAUUAAUCUAAGUUAAAGUAGAAAAAGUGAAUUGGUCCUCAAUUCAUGUAAAACAUAAAUGUGAAUAAUUAACAUCUGUGUCAACCUCCUUUAGUUCAUAUGCAGUGGGCAGAUGAAUUAAACAUGUCCAACUGUUGUUUUUUUCCCUCCCUUUUUCUUAAUUAUACAUGAGCAUGGCAACUGUGUGCCAAAGGGAACACAAAGGAAACUCUUCCCACAUUGUACUGAUAAUUAAAAGCAUACAGUUAUAAAUCUUGCUGGAUACUGACUAUUUCAAGUAUCUAUUGGGGUUCAGUGUGUAAAUACCAACUGUGAUAUCAGCUAUUUUAUUGUAGAGUGUAUGUGAUGUCAUUCUCCUUUAUAUAUGAUACUGUCUUGCAUAUCAAAUAUUCAGACGUCAGAAUUGAGAGUGCAGCUUUAAUCAACUGUUAGAGAAGAAAACAACAUAGUUUUUGCUAUACCUGACCGACUCUACAAAAAAGACGGGUACCACUCGUUAAUAUUGAAGCAAUAGUGCUGCAAUGAAAAUAAAAAUGUAUUCCCAUUUUGGAUACAUCCACACCUUUAAUUUCAAUGGUUCCUCACAAACAACUUGUCCACAUAAUCAAAAAUUUGUUUGUUUAUUUCUUAUAGUACAAGGACCUUAAAACAUUUAGAAAAUGGGUUCAUUUAUAGUUUCACUCAAAUAAAACAGCAGAUCUAUCACAAUAAAAUAAUGCAGAGAAAUACUCCAGUCAAUAUAUCUCACAUUAAUAGUGCAUUAUGUACUACACAUGCUCCUGAUAUUUAUCAACUUUAAUAUCCGAUGUGUUCUAAUAAAGGAGAUAGGACGUACUCGAUUUUGUAUGGGUGAAAGAGUUUAUUUUGCAACAAACAAUGCUGGAAUGUAUUUGCAUUUGCUCUGUGUCACAUAUCAUAAAUAUAAGACAUCAUAUUCUUACAUAUUGCAAGACAAAAAUAUUGAAAAAUGGGUAUGCAGUAAAAAAAAUUUUAAAAAAAACAAAAAACAGCUUAUCAUAAAUUGCUUCAAAAUAUAUUGUUGAUGCUAUGAGUAAUAGCAGCUGAAAAUUACUUAGAUCUGAUAACAACUUCUGAAAGCAGAGAAGCAGAUAGAGGAGCACCAAUGGUGAUGUAUAAUGAAGUUUUGCUUUCAGUAAGAAAUAUCAACAAUAUUUCUUUACAGAGCACAGAAAAAGCUGAGUAAAAUUAUAUUGAAUGAAGAGGGAGACAAGUGAAUGUUGCUGACUGUGGUUCUGAGUAGCUGAGAACCAGUUGUGUGAAUAAACUGAAGUGUUAUUAACCUGUAUCUGAUUAUGUAAUUUAUAAUGUGUAUAUUAAAGUAUUAAAAUGAAUAAAUAUAUGACAAAAUCCCUUUAUCUUAUUGUUAGAUUUCAGUCCCUAUUACAUCAACAUAGAGAUGUUUCAAAAUGAGUGAUAACUGCAAAAUACGAA